GUCCCCCAGAGCCUCGUCUCACAUCACCUCGCUCUUUCAUUCGCGAUUUGUCCACUGAACCUUGACAUCAGGACUCUGAAAUCCAGCUCCCUGGAGAUUUUCACCGUGAAAUUAUCUGGAGUCAGCCGACUGAUACGAAGGGGGAGCGCUGUCUCACCGUCAAGCCAAACUUCUUUCUCAUGGCCUACAUUUUUGUGUGAUAUACUGGGUUAACUGCCAUGGCCGCACAAAUCUCAAUAGCUCGUAUACAUCCGGUAUGAUAGAAGUCAAUAGGAGUAAAACCGUUCCGCUAGUCCCUUGUCCUUCAUACGAUACCGCCCAGCCUUCCACAAGGCUACGCCUCGACCAACUCCCCACUAGCUAUAUCAUGCAAGUCCUUUCCCCUCGCAUCUGUCGCUAUAGUUGCAUGAGAUCACUUACGCUAAGCACUGCAUUCGUUGAUUGCCCUGAGCCCGCCAUAUUAAUACGAUUUUUACGGGUUAUCUUUGAAUACUCGCUCUUCGUUGAACGAUGAAUCCUAAACAGCUCAUAUGGAAAGGAAGAGCCUUGUUGCAGCAUAGCGAUUUUUACUUCUAGCGGUCGAGCCAGCAUAAGGUUCUUGGGUUUCCCUCGAAGCGGAAUUUACAAUAGUAUGAAUGGGAAACACACAGGCUCGCGAGAUGGUGGUGACUUUUCAUCGCCGAUUCUCGAUCACGAUUUCUAUUGCAGCGUACGGAUAUCCUUGCUUCCCUAAAAAUGCCGAGUCGUUGAAGAGGCA